AACAUUUAGAACCAAAAAUGCAACAAGAUUAGGGCAAGAACAAAAAAGUAUUUUUCAGUUUUAGAAAGUGAUGCUAAACCCCUGGGGAGAUUAUUUGGUAACUUCCUCUAAAGAGGUAAUUCAAUGUUAUAAUCGGGUUUAAAUAUUUAUCUACCAAGGUUCACAAUUCUAGUUCCAUGACUCAUCAGUACUUUUGAACAAGUCAUAUAUUUUAGCCAGAGCAAAAAAUUAAGGGCGGGAGGAAUGACAAAUUGUGGGGGUGUCUUUGAAUAUCUCCCCUUUAAAAUUAAGGAGCGUGUCCAUGUGAACAGUCUACAAGGAGGGACCUAGAAGAGCUUGACACUGUUUCUAACUCGUUAUCAACUUGGAGUUCAUGCUCUUCUGUUCUUAGCUUGGGUGCUUCCUCCAUCUCCUGGAAGAUAUCUGCAGCGUCAGGCCUCUCUGAUUCAUCUGGAGUAUCACCAACACGUACACUUCUGUGACAAACUGACAAUGAGACUUUGGGUCUUGGCAAUUCUAACACUUUUCCUAGAUUCUGUAACAGCUCGCCUUAUUAAGACACACUGGGGCCUGGAAAAUGAAGCUUUGAUUGUGCCAUGUCCUAAAAACCCAAGCUCUGAGUACCCUGUAUACUGGUAUUUCCCCAAAACAAAUGAAAGGAUUACCACCCAGAAGAAACAUCGUGUAUUUGCCUCAAGAAACUUUCUUAAGUUUCUGCCAACAAAAGUCGAUGAUUCUGGAAUUUAUACUUGCAUUAUCAAAAGCCCCACCUCCAGUUGGACCAGAUCUGUGAACCUCACAAUAUAUAAAAAGCAACCAGGUUGCAAUCUUCCUGAUUACCUGAUGUAUUCAACAGUAACUGGGACACAAAAACGAUCCCAAAUAUUUUGUCCUACAACGGAGUAUUACAAUUGGACAGCACCCCUUGAUUGGUUUAAGGAUUGUAAAGCUCUCCAAGGGCAAAGGUACUACAGAUUUGAGUCAUAUUUGCUCAUUAACAACACAAACAGCGGUGAUGCAGGUGACUAUACAUGUAAGUUGAUACACAAUGAAAACGGAGUCAAUUACACAGUGACGGCAACCAGAACCCUAAGAAUUGGAGAGGGAGGAGCCCUCCCUUUGGUUCCAGUCAUUAGAGCCCCUCUACCCAACAGCACAAAGGAAGUAGAAAUCGGAAAAACAGCAAACAUCACCUGCUCGGCUUGCAUGGGAAAAGGUCCUCAGUUCCUGGCUUUGAUCAUAUGGCAAGUUAACGGAAGCAACGUUAGUGACCUUGGUGAAGAACGAAUUCACCAGGAGCAAGUGCAAAGUCAAAGUUCUAGAGAUGAGCUGACUUGUCUAACAAGGAUUUUAAGAAUAACUGAUGUGAAAGAAGAGGAUUUCUCCCUGAAGUAUGAGUGUCUGGCUUUGAACUUGCGUGGUGUGACAACACGCACCAUAAGACUAAGGAGAAAAAAUCCAAUUGGUCAUCAAAGCGCCUACUACACGGCUGCAGGAUUUAGUGUACUGUUGGUGCUGGUCAGCGUCUCGGCAAUACUGCUGAAAGUGUUCUGGAUUGACUUUACUCUGCUCUGGAGAGACACAGUGAGACCUUACAAAACUAGGAGUGAUGGAAAGAUCUAUGAUGCUUAUGUUAUCUAUCCACGAGACUACAGUAGGCCUGAGGAGGCCGGUUCUGUGGAGAACUUUGUUCACCAGAUUCUGCCUGAUGUUCUGGAAAAUAAAUGUGGAUAUACCUUAUGCAUUUAUGGGCGAGACCUGCUACCGGGAGAAGAUGUGGCCACUGCAGUGGAGACCAACAUACAGAAGAGCAGGAGGUACAUUUUUAUCCUGACUCCACAGGUCAUGCACAGCCAGGAGUUUGCCUAUGAGCAGGAGGUGGCCUUGCAUAAUGCCCUCAUUCAGAACAACUCUAAGGUGAUUCUUAUUGAAAUGGAGGCUCCCAGUGAACAAGCUGGACUGCAGUUUGGGAAGUUUCAAGAGUCUCUCAAGCACCUUAUGAAGGUGCAGGGCACCAUCAAGUGGAGGGAAGACCAUGAUGCCAACAAAUGGUCCCUGAAUUCCAAAUUCUGGAAGCAUGUGAGGUACCAGAUGCCUGUGCCAAACAAACUCCCUAAAAAGACUUCAGUUUCCUUGAUUGCCCAGAGACAGUAAUGCUUGCUUGCUGUGCUAGUAUGUCUAAGUUUAGGUAUCUCCUGACCUCUCCCAGCUGGAUUAUGCCACUAUACUAGACAUUGGAAGCUGAGGCCUGAAGACGUAACAGUGUGAGGGGUAUUCAGGCCUUAGGGUUCAUUUAGUGUACACGUCCAUGUUCCUGAUUCUGGGCGGAUGCCAAAUGCUCCCAGAUUUUAUCUACAAUCCCUCCUUUCCCUCCAUGUCUCCCAUCUCCUUCUGUUUCUCACUUUGCUCCUUUUUCUCCAUUCCAGUGGAGGCUCUUUUCACUACACUCUCUUCUCACAUCUCUGUCCCUUUCUCGUUCUCAUUCUUGCGUCAUUACUCUUCAAUAAUCUACACCCUGAGCAUCAAACCAAAAGGUUUAGAAGUAAAUGCUCAUGUGAUCUGGAAGACCAUCCAGGUUCCCUCAGGCAGAAUAUUGGUAGUGAAUCAUAUUCCCAAAGUGCCCAGAUUUUUGAAAAUUUUUUUUAUAUCUUAUGUGAUAUUUUAGCUUUAUCUCACAGUCUCACAAUUGCUGAUUUUGUUUAAGUACCUAAUCCCAGUUGCCAUUAUUAUCAAGCUUUUUCAGUUCCAAGAUUUCUUCCAUUUAUUUUUAUUCUCUUUAGAAAUGUUUUCCUCACUAUAAAAGUGAUAGAAGCAUAUUACAGAAAAACAGUAAGUUUGAAAGAAAAAAAAAUUAAUCUUUCAUAAAUCCACCAUCCUGAGAUUGCCACUUUGAAACAUUUUUGUAAAUUUUCUUCUGUUUCUUUUUUUAAAUUUUAAUUCAUAAUUGCAUAUUCCAUUUAUAUAGAUGAAUUGCAUGAUAUAUGUACCCUGGCUGGUGCAAGUGAUUAAGCACUUGACAACUAGCUGAAAGCUUGACGGUUUGAACCCAUUCAAAGGUACCUUGGAAGACAGCCCUGGCAAUCAGCUUCUGAAAGACCAAAAACCAAAAAACCAAACCUAUUGCUGUCAAGUCGAUUCUGACUCAUAGAGAUCCUACCGGAUAGAGUAGAACUGCCCAUAGGGUUUCUAAGGAAACACUGGUGGAUUCGAACUGGCGACCUUUGGAUUAGCAGCCAAGUUCUUAACCACUGUGUCACAGCCGCUGCAAACCCCAUUGAGUGCAGUUCUGCUCUGCACACAUGGGGUCACCACGAGUCAGAAUCAGCUCGAGGGCUGCAACUAACAACAAACACGGUACAUAUUUUUGUAUAUAAAACAUUUGGUGUGUCAUUAUAAUAUUUUUAACACUUUAAAAUAUUCGUAAUGUUCCAUCUCACACUUGUGCCACAGUUAUUAUAACUACCCGUUCUUAUUGGAUAUGAGGCCUCUGCUGUAGAGUUGAUUCCGACUCAUAGUGACCCUAUCGGAGAGAGUAGAACUGUCCCAUAUGGUUUCCAAGGAGCGCCUGGUGGAUUCGAACUGCCUACCUUUUGGUUAGCAGCCAUAGCUCUUAGCCACUACACCUCCAGGGUUUCCAUUGGUUAUGGAAGUUGUUAAAUAUUCAUCAUUAUAAAUAAUUCUGCAAAGACCAUAUCGGUGUAUCUCCCAAUUUAGAAGGUUUUUUUUUUUUUUCCCCCAAGCUGAAACAACAUCAUUUGAUAUAACAUUUCUGUGAAAUUAGUAGGGCAUUUUGGAGAAACUGUUUUGGCAAAACCAAAGUCAAGUUGCCCAGCCAACCCCCCCUCCCGAGCCUUCAGUUCUCUGAAGGAGAGCAUGUUCUCCUGGGUCCACAGGCAGCCUUCAGUGGGUCUCAGAGCUCAGCAGAGUGUCCUGUCAGGCUGGGAGGCCUGUUGGCUCCUCAAAUUUUACUAGCGGAUGAAGACUGUACCCUUAGCUAGUUGCUUAAUAAUGUCUCUAAUUCCAUAUUUAACUGACAGAAGAGCACUGCAAUCCAGACCCUUGACAGGACCUCUGAACUCGCAGCCAUUUAAUACCUUCCAGAGCCUUGACUGAAAAAAAUCGUAUUUCUGGAAUAUUUCUGGUUUGCCUAAAGUACCUGUAUUUACCCAUCUGUCUAGAUGGCCUAUAAUCUAAACCUAUACCCCUGGAUUAGGGUUGCCAGAUAAAAUAUAGGAUGCCAGUCAAAGUAGAAUUUAGAUAAACAACAUUUAAUCUGAAAUUCAAAUUUAACUUGUCUUGUAUUUUCAUUUGCGAAAUCUGGCUACUUUACCCUGAUAGAUUAUUGUGCUUUCCUGUGGUGCCAUCUGCUUAUACUGAGUUACUUAAAGAAUUAGCCGUUGAAAAGGAUGUAGUUCAGCUGAUUGGUUCCCGGUAUAGAAUUUGGAAUCAGACAACUUUAUUUCCAAGUCAGCCUCUGUUACCAAUCAGCUGUGUGACCAUUGGCAAGUGUUGUGGAUUGAAUUGUGUCUCCCUAGAAUAUGUGUUGGAAUCCUAACACCUAUACCUGUACAGCCCUGGUGGCAUAGCAGUUAAGAGUUUAGCUUCUAACCAAAAGGUCGGCAGUUUGAAUCCAUCAGCUGCUCCUCGGAAACCUUUAGGGGCAGUUCUACUCUGUCCUACAGGGUUGCUGUAAGUUGGAAUUGACUUGACCACAACAGGUGUUUUUUUUUUUUUAAUACCGGUAGAUGUAAUCUCUUUUGGGAAUAGAGUUGGUUAUGUUAAUGAGGCCCUAUCAGUGAAGGAUGUGUCUUAAACCUAAUCACUUCUGAGUUAUAAGGAGCAGCACAGACAUAGAGACAAGCAAGGAACAUAGAUACCACGUGAUGACCACCAAGGAAUGGAGGAAUGCCGGAAGGGACAAGGAUCUUCUCCCAGAGCCAGCAGAGCGAGAGCCUUCCCCUGGAGUGAGCCAAAACCAAAACCAAACCUGUUGCUGCAGAGUCGAUCCUGACUCACAGUGACCCUAGAGGACAGAGUAGAGCUGCCCCAUAAGGUUUCCAAGGAGCAGCUGGUAGAUUCGAACUGCUGACCUUUUGGUUAGCAGCCGAGCUCUUAACCACGGGGCCACCAGGGCUCUCCCUCUAGAGCCAAUGCCCUGAAUUCAGACUUUCAGCUUCCUCAACUGCGUGAAAAUAAAUUCCUGUGCUCUGAAGUCACCCACUUGUGGCCUUUCUGUUACGGCAGCCCUAGGAAACCAAGGCAGCAAUUUACUUAUGUCUAUGAACCUUAGUUUUCUUACUGUAAAAUGGGUAUAUUACCAAGCUCUUUGGGUUUCUGUGCUUAAAAAAAAAAAAGCAUAUAAAGUAUUUGUACCAAAGUAAAGAGUCAAUAAAUGGCAACAGUUAUUACUCUGAAAGUUCACUGUGUUGAUUGUAGCAUUGAUUAUAUCCAGUGACCUUUCUCAAUGAGAACCUCUAAGAGUACACUGUCCCCGGCCUCAGUUUCCCCAGCCGCUUAGACUGACUGGUGUGUUUUUGAUUUAUGAAUAUAGCAAAUUUUGGAACUGAUUUUAUUAUCUACUUGGAAGCAUGAAAGCCAGGUUUAGGAUAUUUCUACAGUUAGUAUAUAGGGCAACUAUAUAUAUACAGUAUAUGUUACUAUAUACAGUAACAUGGACUCUCCCGUUCCUGGCUACGUAAUACCUUUGUUUCUGAUUUGCCCCGUGUCUCUUAUUUUUUAAUGUAUUUUUAACUGGCUAUGUUGUGAGCUUCUUUGAAAGUAUUUGACAAACAUUAGUUGUUGUUUGUUGCUGUGGAGACACCUCCAACUCAUGGCAACGACUUGUAAAACAGAACGAAGUGUUGCCUGGUCCUGCUCCAUCUUCAUGAUGGUUGGUGUGCUCAAGUCCAUUGUUGUGGCCACUGUGUAUUUUGAGUGCCAUUCAGCCGAGACUCAUACAGGGUCGCUAUGAGUUGGAAUCAACUCCAAGGCAGUGGGUUUUUUUUUUAAAAUUCAGCCUAGGAGGUUCAUCUUCCAGCCCUAUAUCGAUAAUAUUCUGUUGCAAUCCAUUUAGGGUUUCUACUGGGUAAUCUUCAGAAGUAGAUUCCCAGGCAGAAGGAGUGCCACGGGUACCCUAAAGGACUAUAUGAAGUCCUUGCCCUGAAGGGCUUUACAGUGGGAACUUAGAAGAAGAGGAUCUGCGGGGAAUAAGGAGGCAGUUCAGAGAACGCACAGAGGCCAGGCCUCAGUGAAGCUGAGCUCUGACAUGCCUGGGCUCUUUCCUCCAUCACUCCUUUUCCUAAAUUUGCACACCACUUUCCAACUCACCUGAGCUCUCUGGGCCUCAGUUUUGGCAAAUGAAAAUGGGAGGAUGGAGAAUCUGAGCUCAACUGCUUUUUUAGCUCCAAUCCUGUGAUUUCAAGCUGCUUUCUCAUAGUGAGGCCAGGAAGACCUGGCUUCUCCUGCCAGCACCACGACUAAGCCCUCUCGGGUUCUUCAUCUGCACACCAAUGCUUCAGCUACCACACAAGGUAAUGUGAAGACAGUUAAUUUGGCCAGAACUUGUUGAUCAUGGUAAAAAUUCCUGUGAAUUAUACAUACACACACAAUUAUUUUCAUUUGAGUCAAAUUUGCAUAGAAUAAAAAGCAGGUCCUAAGAGUUCCAUGAGUUUUGACAAUUGCAUACACCUGUGUAAUUAUCACCCAAAAUAAGACAGAAAUAUUCCCGUGACCCCAAAAACACCCCUUGUCACUCCCCAGUCAGUCCCUUCGCCAUCCCAGUAGGAAAUAAUGUUCUGAUUUCUAUGGAAUUAGAAAGAGGUGACUUUUGUCAGAUCUUGAAAUUCCCGUCAACGGAGCUAUACAGCAUUAUGUCUGGCUACUUUCACAUGACACAAAGUUUUUGCAAUUCAGUCAUGUUUUGCUUUUUCAAUAGCGGGGUCCAUCAUGUUCCUCAGCUGUAUCCCAUUGUACGGCUAUACAGCAAUUCAUUUAAUCACUUUCCCGUUGAUGGACAUAGAGUGGUUUCUUAUUUGUGGCUAUCGUGAAUACAGCCGAUUUGAACACUCUUGUAAAUGUGCUCUUUCUUUUGGUUCACUACCUAGAAGUGGUCAUUGGGUAGAUGUGUGUUUAACCUUUUAAGAAAUGGACAAAUUGUUUUGCAAAAUAUCUCUACCAUUUUACCUUCCCACCGUCUACACAUGAGAAUUCUAUUGCUCCACAUUCUCACAAAUAUGAGUGCUCUUGUCAGAUUUCUUAUUGUUUUAGCCAUUUAAAUGGGCUUUAAGUGAACCUCAUUGUGGGUUUUACGUGCAGUUCCCUGACAAUUAAUGAUAUUGAGCUUUUUUUUUUUUUUUUCAAGUUCUUAUUAGGUAUUUGGAACCCUGGUGGAGCCAGUGGUUAAAGCAUUUGGCUGCUAACCAAAAGGUCGGCAGUUUAAAUCCUUCCACUCCUUGGAAACGAGAGGGCAGUUCUACUCUGUCCUAUAGGGUUGCUAUGAGUCAGAAUCGACUUGAUGGCAACGGUUUUUUUGUUUUUUUUCUUUUUUUUGGUUAUUAGCCAUUUAUGUAUCUUCAGUGAAGUUAAAAUCUUUUCCCCACUUUUAAAUUGUGUUGUUUUUCUUUAUAUUCAUAAUGCGUAUAUGUUUCUUAUGUAUUCUAGACACAAGUUCUUUGUCAGAUAGAUGCAAGGUGAGUAUUUUUCCAGGCUAUUACUUACCUAUUCAUUUUCUUAAUGGUGUCUUUGAUUAGCAGAUGUUUUAUUUUGAUGCCAUCCAAUUCAAAAUCUUUUUACAUAAUUAAUGCUUUUUAGGUCGCAUCUAAGAAUUGCCUGCCUACCCAAGAUCACGGGCAUAUUCUCCUAUGCAUUUUAAUGACAGAUCCGUGGCUCCAGCGUUUAUGUUUAGGUCUUUGACCUAUGUUGAACGACUAUUUGUCUAUGAAAUAAGGUAGGGGCCAAGGUUCCUUUUUUUUCCCCUGUAGAGAUGCAUAUUUUUUCUAGUGACAUUUGUGAGUCUUUUCUUUCCUCAUUGAAUUCACAUGGUACCUUGGUCAAAAAACCAAUUAGCCAUAUAUGUGAGGGUCUAUUUCUGUACCCUCUAUUAGCAAUGUUCCAGCAUUUUCAUAGUAAAUA